UGAGUUAGCUGUCCUUGUUCUAUUUUCAGGUACAAAAUCUGUUGUAUGUAGUCUAGUCAGAUAUACUUAUUUUAAACGAGCCAUGUCUAUCUGUCCGUUCUCGCUUAAUCUCUGUGACCGUCAGCACUAGAAAGCUGAAAUAACCUGAAACAACCUUUACCAUGUGCAAGAGUUUAGAUUACGUCCUUUUAGAGUUGCAUGGAUUUUCUGACGCCUCUAAUAUCGCUUAUGCAGCAGUAGUUUAUACUCGGCCUCAAAGACCAAGGUGGCCCCUGUCAAACAGGUAUCCAUACCUCGUUGGAGUUAUGUGUUGCAGUGCUUUGCCACAUUUUCUUCCUGACAAUUUAAAUGGGGAAGAUUAUGAAAACUUUUUAAGAAAUGAUUUACCCGAAUUACUGGAAGAUUUACCACUCAGUUUAAAUGAUAAUAAUAUGUGGUAUCAACAUUGGAAUUCCGUCUAUUAUAUGCUACAGAGAUACAUUGAAUUAGCACCAAUAGUUCAUCAAAUUUUGAUGUUAAAUACAAAAGCACCACCCACACCAUCGGCUGUAGAAAUGCAAAAUAUUAAAACAUUGAUUUGUAUUUUGAUACCGCUGGAGUAUGUAACCAAAGAGUUAUCAGGUGAACAGUAUGUAACCAUUAGUAAAAUAAUUCCGAUGGUGAACUGUUUGAAGACGCAGAUUAAUAAUAUACCUAUGGCUGUAGGUGAUGGUCCCCAUGGAAGGGUAAUAGAUACAGUAAAAAAAGAAAUCCUAAAACAGAUAGAACGCCGAUUCGGACAUAUUGAAGAUAAUUAUUUGAUUGCAAUGUCAUGUUUGCUAGAUCCGAGAUUCAAGAAUAUCCAUUUUCAGGACGCUAAAGCUUGUGCAAAGGCAAUUUCUUAACUGAGAAGAUAUAUAACAACGUCUCCUAGUGUUAUCGGCAGCGAUCAUGACAGCGAUUCCUCUCUUGAAACAACUUACGAUUUUUGGAGUCACCACAAGAAAUUAGCUCACACGAAACAGCGAAGUAAAACCAGUUCUUCAUCACAGUUUGAAAAUAAGGAUGAAAUAAGCCAUAAUUUAUCUACACAGGUUUCGCCACUUUCUUUGAAUCCUCUGAAACAAUGGGAAGACAUGAAAGUUGUUUUCCCAAAAUUAUAUAAAUUGGCACGACAAUUUUUAUCGAUCCCUGCGACUUCAGUGCCCUCAGAAAGAUUGUUUUCGAAAGCUGGAAGUACAAUCACUAAAACCCGUAACCGCCUAUCGCCAAAAAGGCUCGACAAACUUCUUUUCUUGAGCGAUUGUACCGAGGAGGAAUGGGAUUUAUAAUAUUUUAGAUAAAAAAAUUGUGGCUUUACUUACAGGUUGUUUUCAUUUAUCUUAUAUGUUCCAUUUGUUAUUUUUUCAUUUUCUCUUACUGUAUGAAGGUACAGACGAUACUUACUGACUAACAUUGACAAACUAACGAACGUCUGAGAAAAAUACUCGAUACUUUGAGGUAUCGAUACUUUUGUGUCGAUACUUUUACGAGUACGAUACUUUUUUAUCGAUACUACUCAUGAGUACAGUAUCGAUACUUUUUAUUCAAUACCGUGUCCCUAUCAACAUGACGGUUGCCCUGCACACUACCGAAGAAGCGUCAGAGAGUGGCUAGACACUAAUUACCCGAACAAAUGGAUUGGAAGAGGUGGACCCAUACCGUGGCCAGCCCGAAGUCCCGACCUGACCCCCAUGGAUUUUUAUUUGUGGGGCCAUAUGAAAAGCUUAGUUUACAAUGAACCUCAUCCGAUCUCAUCUGUUGAUGUUUUAAGACAGAUUGAUGCGGCGACUGGUGUGGUUAAAAGUGGACUAAGGCAUAGAUUGCGAAUAUGUGUGCGGAACAGAGGCGGACAUGUGGAACAUGUAUUGUAAAAAAUAAUGAUAAACGUUGUUUAAGCUAUUUAGUUUGUUUUAUUUCGUUUGCUGGCCCAAGUGAUAACUUUGUCCUUAAGUACAGUUAUGUUUUACUACUGCCUGAGAGCAUUACAUCAGAAUUUUUUUUCUGAAUAUCAUGAUGAUACCCAGUGGCGUAGCGUGCCUUGUCGGGGCCCCGUAUAAAAAUUUUUUUGGAGGCCCUUAUAUGGAGGUAAAGAUUUUUCACAAAAGAAAAAAAAUAUUGUGAGAAGAAAUAUUUAUUUAUCACAUAAUUUACCCAUUUUACAAAUAAAAAUCGAAUUUUAAAUAUUUACUCUCCUUGCCUUUUUUUCGGCAAACUGAUUUAUU